CGGCAGCGGCAGCAGCAGCCUUUGCCUUGCGUUGCCAUUGCCGCUGCGCGGUGGCGGGCGAGACGAUGCAUCCGCCGGUGGAGCCCAUGCCGGGCUACGGGGAGCUGGUGCGGCGCAGCUACGGCAGCCUGGCCGAGGCGGUGCGCGGCUGCGGCGGCUGCGGCUGGGAGCUCUCCCGGCGGACGUGGUCCGAGAGCGCCCGGCUGGCCUGGAGCGAGCCGCUGCUCUGCCUCUUCUGCGCCGUCGGCUGGACCGUCGCCCGCCGGGCCGCCUCGCGGCGCCUGUUUCGGCCCUUCGCCGAGUGGUGUCAGCUGCUCCCCAGGGAUGCUGCCAAGAUGCCGGAGAGUGCCUGGAAACUCACCUUCUAUGGUUUCUCCUGGUCCUACAGUGUCUACCUGCUCUUCUUCGCUGGCUACCCGUUUUUCUUCGACCCCCCUUCAGUAUUUUAUGAUUGGAAAAGGGGAAUGGAGGUGCCGGGGGAUAUUGCCCUGGCCUACCUGAUGCAGUGCAGCUUCUACGGCCAUUCGAUCUACGCCACCCUGUACAUGGACACCUGGCGCAAGGACUCGGUUGUCAUGCUCACCCACCAUGUGGUCACCCUGACACUCAUUGCCUUCUCCUACAUCUUCAGGUACCACAACGUAGGGAUCCUCGUCCUCUUCCUCCACGAUAUCAAUGACGUGCAGCUGGAGUUCACCAAGCUCAACGUCUACUUCAAGAAUCGCGCGGGCUUCUACCACCGCCUGAAUGACAUACUCUCCAACACCGGCUGCGUCUCUUUCAGCCUCAGCUGGUUCUGGUUCCGCCUUUACUGGUUCCCGCUGAAGGUCCUUUAUGCCACCUGCCACACCAGCCUGCGCUCCGUCCCGGACAUUCCCUUUUACUUCUUCUUCAACGCACUGCUCUUGGUCCUCACACUGAUGAACGUCUACUGGUUCCUGUACAUCGUCAUUUUUGUGGUUAAGGUCCUGCUGGGGCAGGUCCGAGAAGUGAACGAUGUGCGGGAAUACGAUGUCGACAGCGCAGCUUUGAAGAAGAAGGAUGCGGAUCUUCACAUCCCCAGCUCCUGGAAGGAGGGCAUACACUUGAAGAAUGGACUUGUGAAGGGGAAAGGAUUAUAACGCUGAAUCCACGGCCGAGCAGCUCUUGAGGGACUGCGAGGGCACCCCGUCGUCCAACCCCUGCCUGCUGGGACAGCCACCAAAAGCAAGCCGACACCCCCGCCCCGCAGCCCCCUAUGUUGAUACCCAGAACUGGUGGGGGGGUAAGGUUGGCUGGGGUUUUCACAACUCCUCUUGAGUGCAUUUCAAGCUGGGCCUCCACCGACGGAGCCAAGUCGGCAGCGGCGUUGGCGGUCGGAGGGUCCAGGGGAAAAAGCCCCACGCCGGAGAACAGGGUCUCAGAUUUCCUCUCCUGAGUGCCCCUCCGUUGUCCUGGCACGGGGUGCUUUUGGUGAUGGCCCAGGAGGGCAGAAUGGCUUCCCCCUGCCCCCCCACUUGAGAGGAGAGAAAAAGCACAUGUGUGAAUUGAUGAAAUUUUCUUUUCUUCGGCCCUGUGAACCCUGGGGAUGAAGAGCAUCCCUCCAUGCCCUUGUGGCGCAGCAGCCCACUUUAUUUAAAUUUAUUUCUGGAGAGGAUAAAGGGGUACAAUGUCUUUUGUUUCAAGAUAUGCAGCUUUCCCCCUCCUGUUUGUUUGGAGUUAGCCUUGAUCCUUGCAAGUACAGGGAUGGGAAUCUUUCUGAGUGUUCUCUGAAAAAGACUUAUUUUUUAAUGGUGUUUUGAAAAUUUCUGUUUAAAAUUUAAAGAAAAAGGACCAGGAUUGGAGAAAGUGAAGGAAAUAAAAAUCCCCACUUUCCACUGAUGUAUAAAUAGAUGUGAUCAAACGUGAACCUGCUGUUGUGGGGAUUGACUUUUGGAGCUAAUGAUACAGUCGAGCUUCUUUAUUCAGGCACAGUCUACCUGCAAAUGUGCUGUCCUUUGCCAACCAGAAAGCAAAAAACAGAGAGUCUGGGCAAGAGCUCCUCAUGUGGUGGGGGGUAUCAGUGGGUGGGUGCCUUUCCAGGUUAACAACAGUCCAGGUUGCCGAUUUUAUGUUCUCUUUUCCCAAAAGAGGCAUCCUUUGAGGAAAAAGGUAGCCGUAACUCCAUCUUAGGCCAGGCCUGCUUUCUGGGGGCUCCAAAUGGCCCCUAAAUUGCCUGCCUGUGCAUUCAUAACAUUUUCAUCCGCUCGAGUUUCCCAGGAGAUCAUUUAUGCCUCUCAAGCUCAGUGUUUUGAUCUGGUGUCUUCUCAGCCACUUGGUGGGGGUUUAUGUGCCAGAUGGCUAAUGACCCCCCCCCCCCCCCAGUAUCUUGCUUCAAACACAGGCAGGGCUUCUUGGAGGCACAGAAAAGGGAAGAAAGCUGGAGUGGGUGGUGCAGGGUUACAGAGGUGCCCAGGGGUGGGGGCGGCUCCAUCCAUUUUGGCUGCAUCCACCUAACCAGUGUGGGCCAGGGAGCUUGCGAAAGUCAAGGCAGAAAAAGAGUUUUCCUCAUGAGGACUGAUGUGAGAGGAUGCCCGAGGGCCCUUUGAAAUGCAAAUACGCAUUCUUCCCCUUUGCAAUUUGGCACAUUUCCAGCUCAUCCUCCAGGUUAAAAAAAGUCUCCCACAGUCUGUUCCCAGGAGGUAAGAGCUGGCUCUGUCAGCUCUUACCCUUGGAACAUCUCAGAAGGAACUGUCUGUCCCUGCUUGGGUUCACAGCUGGCCCCGGGGCCUUGUGGUAGGACUUGGAAGUCACCCAGGUGUAGAUGUGCGUGUUGUGAGUGCCCUUGGCGUUGCUCACGUUCCCACGUAGACCCAUUUUGGCACUUUUCCCCUCUCCCAAAAAGGGCCAGUCACCACCGACCAAGCCCCACACCAUUGUUAAACAAGUUCCAAAUCCUGACCCAUCUUUGCCUGUGGACUUCCUUCCUGCACCUCGGAAAGCUGGAUUCUGCAGCCUGCCUGCAUUAUGUCCGCCUUCUCUUCAUUUGCACAGUGUCAGGUUGGAUAGACAUGCAGAGCGCUAGCCAUGCCCAACCCCUGGAAAGAUCACUUGGCACAUGUGAAUUGAGCCUGCCCACUUCUCCAAGUUUAGCACUCAGACUGUGCCUGUACACUUGAAAGCUUAUCUUUGCGUUCAUGAGGGCUAGAACCUUGCAGGUCUCGAAUGGACACAGUCAAAGUUCUCAGCCAGAUUCUGCAACUGAUUUGCUUGGUGUGUUCUUUAUCUGAGUUCCCGCUUGCCUGUGAGCUCCAUCUAGGAAACAGAAUUUCCCUGGCAAGUUUUGGAUACUUGAGGACAACCUGUGGAAAUUUGUAUAUGCCUGUUGAUAGAUCCAUGCAAAACAUGUCUUCACCCUUAAAAAAAAAGAGGUUGUGGAAUAA